AUGCAGGCACCCAUGCCCAAGAGCCCACUAGGCCCCACAUAUAUCGAAGAGAAGCCACCACUACGUGCAUGUGAUGUCGCGGAGGAGUACUUCAAGAAAGAGAUGGCGCGACACGAGGGUGUGGCAGGCGCAGUCAAUGCGGGCACCAUCGUCAUCGUACACGACCAAUGCUAUGGCCAUCGCUUUUCACGACCCAAGACACCCAAAAGCCACCUCAGCUUGAUCAUGGAGCGACCAGAGAGGAUAUUGGCGAGCGUUUUGGGUAUUUCGGCAGCCUACGUACGACUAGGCGAGCGUCACGCCGAGGGCAACCACCCACCACAUCCUCACCAUAAUCCGCCCGAGCGUAUACCAUUCAAGAUUCGCAAGACUUCGCGCGCAGUCGACAUUACAUCACAGGUCGUUACGAACGUACAUGGAACAAAAUGGAUGGGCGAAUUGAAGUCACUGUGCGACAACGCAGAGCGGAAGCUGGCAACAACAGGGAAAGAGCUGGCCAGGGAUGCCCCUGUGAUUCCAGGACAAGCGCCAAAGCAACAACUACAUGCUGGAGACUUGUACCUCUGUUCCGAAUCCCUGAAUGCUCUCCAAGGCGCUCUCGGAGGUGUUUUGGAUGCUGUGGAUGCUGUCUUUCAAGGGACAAGUUUUGGUGGCGGUCCCUCUCGAGCUUUCGUGUGUAUACGCCCACCCGGUCAUCACUGCUCCGACGAUUUUCCUUCUGGUUUCUGCUGGUUGAAUAAUGUUCAUGUCGGUAUCGAACACGCCAUAAUGACAUAUGGGCUCACACAUGCGGCAAUCAUUGACUUCGAUCUGCACCACGGAGAUGGCUCCCAAGCUAUCACCUGGGCGCGCAACAAGAAAGUUCAGAACAUGUCCAAGAACACACCCAAUUGGAAGAAGACCUCGAUCGGCUACUUCAGCUUACACGACAUCAACUCAUACCCAUGCGAGGACGGCGAUGACGACAAGGUCCAAGCGGCUAGUUUGUGCAUCGACAACGCGCACGGCCAAUCUAUCUGGAACGUGCAUCUGCAAUCAUGGAAGACACCAGAGCAGUUUUGGGCAAUAUACGAGGAGAAGUACUUGGUACUGCUUGAAAAGACGCGGCAGUAUCUCAAACAUCACACCAACCGCCUACGGGCUUCACCGAACCACCCCGCACCCAAGGCUGCCAUCUUCCUGUCCGCUGGUUUUGAUGCGAGUGAGUGGGAGACUGCUGGUAUGCAGCGCCAUAGCGUCAACGUACCUACCGAAUUCUACGCUCGAUUCACCCGCGAUGUAGUCCGCUUGGCUGAAGAAGAGGGUACAUCUGUAGAGGGUCGUGUUAUCUCGGUGUUAGAAGGCGGCUAUAGCGAUCGAGCACUUACUAGUGGUGUGUUCAGUCAUUUGAGCGGUCUUGUGGACGGCCAGGUCUGGAAGGAUGCGGAACCAUCAACGGGCCUCGCCUUGUCAAUGCGCAACAGACUUAGUGGACUCAGCAUACAGGAUGAGGACGCUAUUAUGCAGUCAGUAGAGGCAGAGCUCACGCCUGUCAGUUAUGAUCCUGUAUGGUGGCAUGCAAACCGACUGUCGGAGUUGGAGGGCCUCGUUCCGCCCCCACCCGUGACUGCCUCAAAGGUGACACGCGCUGACCGCCUGGCACAUUUCUCUUCACCCACUCAGUCCUACGUCGCCAAAGUCGUCGACCCAACGAAGAUUAACCGUAGCCUUUCUGCCAAGUACGCUUCGAGUCCAUCGAGAGCGCCGACCCCACCACCGCCAGAGGUUGACUGGGCUACCGCCGCUCAUGCUCUGAGUGGUUUGCUAAUACCUUCUGAUCGUCAAACACGCAGUUUCAGACCAGAGGAUUUAGCAGAAGUGAAGGUCAAGAAAGAGAAGCAGGCUGCACCUGCUCCGACAGCGGCCCAUGCAGACAAGUCAGGACGACAAUUGCGUGGUCGAAAAGCCGCCCCAUCUUACGCUGAGCCUGGAUCUGACGACGGAAAGGCGUCUCGUGUAGAGUCACGGGCAAGUAGGCGGCAGACAAUCGCCGACUUUGCACCAGCCAGUUCAGAGGCUCCAGCUCCAGCACGCUCUUCCUCCCGUCGCAUGAGUAUCGCUUCUAGCGUCUCAUCGAUAGGCGACAACAGGAGCGUUAGUCAUGCACCAAGUGUAGCAGCAAGCCGAAGAAGCGUUGCUCCUUCUGUAGCUUCCACUAACGGCGUUGCUAUGAAAAAGGCACGAGGCUCAACCACAACGGCAGCAGCAGCUCGUGCUCCUCAACGUCCGGCGGUAGCAAGGGUAUCUUCCAGCUACUCUGUCAAGGCUAGUGCGCCCAAAGAGAAGGAGAAUGACAGUGUCGACGCACUUACUUCAGGCUUGAAGCGGAUCACAUUGAAGAUGCCCUCAAAGGAGGAGCACGAUGCACGAGAGAAGGAGAAGAUUGAGAAGCAAAAGGCCGCUGAAGCACCAAAGAAAACCACUGCACGGAAGCCGCCAGCCGCUCGCGCUCCUCCAGCAAAACCCGCGACUAAAGCUGCAACGACUGCGAAAAGGGGACCAGGUCGGCCAGCAAAAUCGUCAAAACCUGCAUCGCCUAUCCCAGAAAGUCCCCAGAUGCAAGUUGCUGCUGCCGCGCCCCUCGAGCAACCCCAGCCAGUACCGAUGGAAUCUUCUAACGUCCUGGCACAGCCUUCGGCGCCACAGCCUUUCCAGGAUACACAAGCUUCGAUGGAUCCUCCAGCUGUAGAUCGUCGGAUCUCUAGCGAAAUCGUGCAACCGCCCACUGAGUUGCAUGAUAUGGCUAUAACACCGGAACAAAUCCGCGAGCAACUUCCUAUGCCAUCCUUUGUCACAGUAACCAAGCCACUCUCGAACGCUUCACCACCUUCUCGUGCCGAUACGCCUCCUCCCCCACCGCCAUCCAAUAUUUCUCAGUUCGUCAAUUACACGGCGCAGAGCUUCGGGGGAAACCCGGAUUUUGUGACUAUGCCGCCAGACACAUCAAACCCACAGGCCUCUGCAACUCUACAGUGGGUUGCCAACACACAUGCUGAGGAUACGACCAUGCCUGGUGUUCCAAUCAUGUCGCCGCCAAGCAAAAAGGGUGAUCUACCUGUGUUCACAGCGAACGGCGCGAUACCGUUCGCAUCGAACUGGAACGAAACGACAAACACGUUUAGGCCUGAGCAUACUGGUGUAGAGGUCAAGAAAGAGGGAAGUAUGAGGGACAUCUGGGAGGUACCUGACACACCUGCUCGCUAG